CGUCACCCCGCGCGCGCCUCAGAUGAAGUUGAGCGAUGCUGCUGACGGGACGCGUCUGAAAGCGCUCGGAUUCGCGAGAAACUCCCACAAAGCGUCGUCUCCCGUACCGAAGCGACCCCCGAGGACGUUCCGCGAGACGCCGUGAUGAAGAUGACGACGACGGUGGUAACGCCGGCUUUGACGCGCGUCUGCGCGGUGAUCGCGCUCGUGAUGUGCGCGUGCGGCGGGUGCGAGGCGGGAUGCGCGGACAGACCGGCACCGAGAUGCUGCCCGGGACGGAAUAACGAGUGCGCGGAGAGGAGCGCGAGGAGGACCGUGUGUUACUGCGACGCGUACUGCCGGAGGAGCGGCGACUGCUGCGACGACUACCAGAGCGCGUGCCACGUCUCAGCAGCUAUAGACUGUGAGGUCCGGCAGUGGGGCCCCUGGUCCCCGUGUUCAUCCGUCUGUGGGGCAGGGACUACGGAGCGGAGCCGACAGGUAGCCACGCCCCCUCGCAACGGAGGCACGCCCUGCCCCGACCUCAAACAGCGGCGCGGGUGUCUCGCUCACACGGGCACCUGCAGUGCAGCUAAAGAGGUGGCCAAGAUCCUGCCUGACUCAUUCAAGCGGAACUUCAAGGACCCUUGGAGACGGCCGCACAUGCUUAUGAAGGAGGAAAAGAAGAGUUACUGCGUGCAGAUGCGUGUGAAGCAGGCGAGCGCUGCCUGUAAGGUCAAACCGUGGAGCGCCGGCCUGGUUCACGAGCGCUCUGUAUGCGUCGAAUGUCAGAGUGACGCCAUGACGACCGAUAACCGCUGCCGUGGCGACGGGCUGCAGAACAUCAGAACCUUCUGGUCCGCCGCGUCCGCUCCGGGUUGCUCCGGCUCGUGGGUUCAAGAGUCCUUCACCAAGGACUGCCGGUGUCCAUCUUACUCCAUGAUUUUCAUCUGAACCAAAACACACUUUCAAGCUCCUUUCGAGGGACACGGUUGCUUAAAACGAUGCAUCUGAAGACAAACUCUCUCCAUCAAAAGUUAAGCAAUUUGUCACUAUCCUGUGCCUCCACCGAAACCAGCACACAACCCUGUUCUUCUCAAGCUCUGCUGUCUACCUCCAAAAUGCACCUGCACCCGUUUCUGAUGCCUUAGAUCAUAGGUUUCGCUCUGUCCUGUUUUUCUACUCUUUUCUGAUCCACACGUACUGUAUUUAUAUACGUUUGAAUGUACUCCUGUGUGUGUGUGUGUGUGUGUGUAACGUUUGCACGUGCUGCGUGUGUUUUGAAUGCAAAACCCGUCGCUGAAAGACAAGCUAAUGUAUAUGAAUGUUUCGUUUUCUGGAGGAAACCCCUUCUUUUGUUUAUUCUCACGUGUCCUGAUCUGUGCAAAACGCUGCAGUGCCUUACGCUUUCGCUCGUUUUCCCAAAGUUGCUUCGUUCAUGUCGGUUUGCACGAUUUGAAGGCUGCGUUCGAAAGCGCGCUCGAUCCGUGCGUAUCCAUUUCGCGUGAAAGCAAAGCGCCCCAAACCGUGGCCAACCACAAACUUGUCCACAACAACGUAAAACCUUUCUCAUUGCUGCUCGUCUCAAUUGCCCAAUGCCCAAUUUAUUUAUUAUUUACAGCAUCUCUGACUCUUAAUACAUGAUGACUUCCGUGCACACACAUAGCAAACCAUCAGGACUGCACCAAAUAUUUUCUAGAUUGCAACUUCAUUGUAUUUUUGUCUUUAAGUAACAUUUCAAUUGCUUUUGUAUGAUUUUUUUUUUUUUGUUGCCUUGUUAUUUGCAUCCAUCACGCAUUAAACGGUCAUCGUCUCGAUGACUUUUCUUUGACUGCUGGCUCUCGGUGUGAUCGUGACGCUCUCGCCGCUGUGAGGUGUCUUCAGUCGUAGCGUGUGUUUAGCGUGCAUGUGCUCAUUACGCAUCAAAGGGCUCGUCUCGUUUACACGCACCCGUCUGCACACUACAUAUAUUUUCAGGCAUUUUUUGCAUGCUUGCUCGGCAGCGUGCUAAGUGCAGUAUACUUAAAAUUCAGGUGAUCGUGUGCUAAUGUUGGGUUUGUAGGAUGGAAUGCGUAAACACGCUUUAAACAGCACUGCUUUACACUUCUGCUUCAAUGCAUUAAACGACUUUUUGUAAAACUAACCAAAAAUGUCAAUGUAUGAAUAUCUUUACCACUUAUACUUGCAUUAUGUACUAUAUAGUGUCUUGAAAACGUAAAAAUAGCGCAAUCCUAUGCGCAAUGAACCACGUACCACUUUUACUGUAACUAAGAUAGUUUUAGUAAACCAAAAAAAAUGCCAAUGUAUGGAUGUCUUUGCAAAUAUAUUUUAUAUACACACGCACACGCACCACUGUAUGUUUUGUUUUCGUCCGAAGUACAGCAAAAACAGAAAUGUGAAAUAUCUGUAAAACCUGAAUACGUUUUUA